CAUUGUUUCGCUGUAGUCGUCGUCCGAAAUCAAUACUACGUAGCCGAAUUGUUUUAUCUAAAUGCAGCAAUAGCCAUGCUAUGAAAUAUCCAUUUUAUGGCGUAUAGUAGUCGCACAUAGUGAAUCGUUCCUUAAUGUAAGAUUGGGUAACACUUAUAUUAUAAUUUAACUCUAGGCAGUCAUGAUAAUGCGUGACCUUUACUACAAUUUACACAAAGUGCUUUAUAAAAUCAUCAAAUCCAACGGAUAUGCGAUUUGAAAGCUGUGAAACAAUAUUACACAUAAUUUAAUAACCCCGCGGUUCUCUAGAGUUGUUCACAAUAUCUUAUUUUGUUGUGUAAUUUUCUAAAACAUUGAUUCGUAAAUCCACCAUAAUUCAACAUGGCGGCUGAAGUAGAGAAAAGUUGAUUCAUAAUGUUUGCAAACCGAAAUCGUGAGGCAUUCAAAAUGGCAGAGGAAUCUACACCCAAUAUUGAAGACUUGGAAGAUGGAGAAAUUGAAAGUGAUGGCGAAGAAGCAGCUGAAGUACAAUCCGAGGAGAAGAAAGAAGAGGAGUCUGUUCCUGUGGUGGAUGAGAAAGAACAGGAAACACACGAUACCGAGGAACCGUUUUAUUCCAAAUCAGGUAAGAAAAAAAAAUCAAAAAAUCGUAAGGCAGAGAAGAAAUUAAAGGAUCAAAUCAAGAAAAACAAGAAGCUUUUAAAUAAUGUCGAAGAAGAUUUCGCUGGCAGCAUCGAAAAAGCAAUUAGGAAAGCAAUGAACAGAACUGAUGAGGGUCAUGAGGUCGGUCAUCAGGAAGAUUUUGAACCGGAUGAACGCCGAAAAAAUAAGAAAAGAAAGAAGUAUGACGGGAAAGAAGGUUCAAGCAAAAAACGAAAGAAACAAGAUUACACAGAUGUCAUGGAUGAAAGUGAAAUGAUGUGCGUUAGAGGGGCUUCUCCCGUUCAAAGGCACUCGCCGAUGGAUAAUUAUCAAGAAGACGAGAAAGAUUCUUAUGCAUCGGAUAGUAGCAAUGAAUCACGUGGACAACAACAUCAACAGAGGCCACAAAGACACCGCAAUAAUCAACGGGAUCGUAAAAACAAUAAAAAUGAUCGUGACCGCCGUAGAGGUGCUCAUCCUAUGCAAGAUCCCGAUGGGGUAUGUUUAUACUUUAUGCAAGGAAAGUGUCACAAAGGGGACGACUGUAUGUUUUCACACGAUGCACUCCCUCCUCGAAAAAUGGAACUAUGUAAAUUUUAUCUCAUGGAAUGUUGUGCGAAAAGAGAUAAAUGCUUGUACAUGCAUGCAGACUUUCCAUGUAAAUACUAUCACACCGGUCUUCCCUGUAUUUACAAAGAUGAAUGCAAAUUCGCACAUGGCCCGCCAUUGAGUGACAAUCUUAAAAAUAUUCUAUUGAAACAUAUAGAAUCGGCCCCCAAGGAAAUUUUAGGAGAUUUUCCUAGACUGAAUAGAGAAGGAGCUAUGAAAAUGAUUCAAACGACUCAAAUGAAGUUAAGGCAGCAAUACGAACCAGAUAGCCAGGGAAAUAUACCAUCUCUUUUCGAUCUGAAUAUUCAAAAUCCAAGUAAUAUUCCAGAACACAUGCUAAUGAAUCAAUAUAACAAUGACAAGCAAAAUAAAAUGUCACCUAAGGUUCGCCAUUCGAGAUGGCAAAAUGAUAAUUCCAUGCUUAACUACAAUCCAAAUAUUUCACCUAAUAGUAACAUGAGUAAUCCUAAUGUUCUCAACAUAAAGAAUUUGACAGGUGUAUUGACACCUAAACAAAUAACAGAUCUUUCUAAAAUGGGUAUCGAUAAUUUAGAUCAGCUAGGGCAGCUAACUGUACUACAGUUAAAUAGUAUAGGUAUUUCGGUGAAACAAAUAACCGAAAUUCAAUUGAACACAAUGAGUAUUCAAAAGUUAGGAUUGAUCAAUAAUUCUGAACAGAUGCCAUCAUUUGUUAAUCCAGCUGAAGCUGCGCAAGAUCUUGACUUACGAGUUCCACCUUCUAUUGCCGUAGCCAACACGUCUAUAGUAGCUGCAGAAUUGCCUGAAAGAGACGUUGACAUGCGCUUCCAAUCUGCUACUACAGUGCCAAAUAUUGAAAACACUGAUCAAAUUAACAUUGAACCUACACAAUCGAAUAAAGAUAUGAUAGAUAUUGAUCAGUAUACAAAAGACGCCUUGAAGUUCGCUUUAAAAGACAAGGAAAAUAUUGAUAAUUCAAAUGAGACGUUUGAUGUCGAAAACUCUGGAAGUGAACUUAUACCCAUCGAAAAUAAAGAUGUUGAUCAUAGAGUGCUUCCAUUCGCAGAUGAUGCCAUCCGGCCUAUACGACCUCCUUUGGAUGUACAUUCUAAAAAAGAAAGUGAUACUGAUAUCAGAUUUUUACAACCAGAACCCAUUUUUAAAAGUCCAGAAAAGAGGAAUCGCCGCUCCACCACUGAUGAUGAUGAUGAAAACAAUUUAUGCAUUGAUGAAAAAUGGUACUCUAGCGAUGAAGAGAAAGGUGGUGUAAGGAAAAAGUCUCCGGCGACAUCUCCGCAGUUAAUGUCUCCGCCUCAGACACCUACACCGCAUGUAAUAGAGCCUUCAGCAGUUCUAAAAAAACUUGGGGAUCUGUCUAAGAUUGACAUUAGUGAAGAAGUAACAAAAUUACUUAACACUAUGAAAAAUAACUUACACGAACCCCAAAAUGAGCCAAAAACGGACUGUUCAGUUACUAUAAAAUCCAGAGAUCCCAGAUCACGACCUUCACCAGAGCCAAGAACAUCUGAUAUAUUGAAGUCAACGACUAAAAAACCACCUCGUGUAUCUAUAUAUGAGUGCAUUGAAGGUGAACCGACCGACGGUCGCCGGAGAAGUGACGUAGAUUUGCGACAGCCAGAUUUUAAGUUAUUAGGAGAUACAGACUUGCGACAAGGAAGUAGUGGUGACAUCGACUUCCGGCUCGGGCUGCCCUUCAAACCUUUGCCUAAUUAUACUCCAGCUUCUGAAAUCGAUGGAUCUAUCAAUAGCCAUCCGCCAAUUCCAUAUAAACUAGCAACCAUAGACAUACCUAGGCCAGAUUACACUGACAUUAAGAAUAGUACUGCUAAGUCACAAGCAUUAGUUGAUCCUAGAUUACGAAAGGUAUUCAGAUUAUCUAUAGAUGAAUCUAAUAGCGAUACGGAGAAAUCGGUCAAAAGUCAACCAACUACUUCGAGUUCACCUCGCGUCGAUCCACGUAGGAAACCAAAGGAUUCUGACUUGAUAAAUCAAGAUUCUAAAUCGACAUCUUUAGACUUACAAGUUGUUAUUCAGAACUCAGAGUGGUACAAAGAUCUAAGCUCUACUCAUAAGAUUUUUGUAAAUCAACAAAUUGCCACUGUAACAGCUAUGAUAAAAAUGUUUCAGCAAGAUAAAACACCAGGCAAAAAAUUAGACCUCGUACCUAUUCAAAGUAAUUCCGUUUUAGUCAGUAUUUUUAACAAUUUAGGGGUGGCUUUAGGGGAAAAUGGCGAAUUUUCAUAUUUACCUAAACCAAAAGAAGCUUUAUUGAAAACACCAGCCAUAUUUAAUCAAAAUCAAAAUCCAUUUGGAAUGCCUGGCAAUGCCAUGGGCGUGGGUAAUACAAUGGAUUCCGGAAAUAUGAAUAUUAUGAAUAUGCAACAAAUGGGAAAUAUGAAUAUGAACAUGGGUGGACCUAUGAAUAAUAUGGGAAUGGCCAAUAUGUCUGGCUAUAAUCCUAACUAUAAUGAUCCAAGAGGCGGCCCUGCGCCAGGAUUGUUAGGAAUAGCGCCCAACAUGCCCCACAAUUUUAAUAAAUUUCCAGGAAAUAAUAACUUUGGCAAUAUGCCCUAUAAUGGACCCGGAAAUGAUUUUGGUAAUAUGGAUGGUGAUCAAAACUUUCAUAGGUAUCCCAAUAGGGGUGGUGGUCACCGAGGCAGAGGCAAUGACCGAUGGAACCGUGGCGGUGGCGGCGGCGGCGGGGGUAGAGGUCACAGAGAUAGGAAAAACUUCAAUGAACGUGGAAAUUGGAAGAACGAUAGACAGUAGGCAAUUUUUGUUACUAUCAAAUUGUGCAACAAAAUGGAUAUACAUUCCAUAUUGCACGCAAUAACUAAAUAUAAAAUAAGUAAAUAAUGUACAUAUUUUUUAUAUAAAGUCCUAGGAUGUCAUAUUUUGGUGGUGUAAAUAUGUUAAACGAUUUAAAUAAUACAAAAUUUCAUUAUUAGACUAGGAAUCACUAAAUUAUGUUAUUUUUAUUAAGUUUUAGGUAUUUUAAGCAAAGUACUCGUAAUUAUAAUAAGAGCCAAAUGUAUUUAAGACUGACUGUAUGUCCACUUGACUUUCUGAUUGCAUACGAGUUCACUUCAAGUGGUUUAUAGUAAGCGAUAGGUUCAGACGGCUACAUUAUAACUGUCUUGGAUGAUGACUGUAUUAUUGUUAUGUUAUGACUAAACCUUUUUCUCCCUAAUAGUUAAGACAGUCAUACCUACUCAAUGUUAUUUUAUUAUAGUGCAAAGGAAUUAGUAAUAUUUGACUUAUACUGUAAAGGGCUAAGUAGGUAUUUCCAAGUAAAAUCUAAACAACUUAACAAUAUCAGUACAUAACUUUUAUAUAUUUAAACCUAAUGUAUAUAAAUAUAAUGCCUGUAGAUUUUUAGAAUUUAUAGUCAAGAAGAUCAAAUAAGAUCCAAUAAGUAAUAAAACCUUUUUUUCUAAAAAUAUAUUUAAUUUUAUUAAAAUUUGUUCUUUA